CAUACAGAUUAAAAAAAAAAAAAAGCCAUCCGCGCUCAACUCUUCUUUCUCUUUCUCCAGUUUCAACUGCCCCAUCUAACAGUAAUGCCGUAAAGCAGCUUAUUCACACUUCCCUGCUCAUCUCUUCAUCUUCUGCAACUACUUUCUCUAAAGAUGCGCUCCAAAGACAAAAUCUCUUACUUCUACGACGGUGAUGUUGGGAGUGUUUACUUCGGGCCUAAUCAUCCCAUGAAGCCUCAUAGGUUAUGUAUGACUCAUCAUCUCGUCUUAUCCUACGACCUUCACAAGAAGAUGGAAAUCUAUAGGCCGCACAAAGCGUAUCCAGUAGAGUUAGCUCAGUUUCAUUCAGCUGAUUAUGUGGAGUUUUUGCAUCGAAUUACGCCCGAGAAGCAGCAUCAAUUUAUGACUGAAAUGGCCAAAUAUAAUCUUGGAGAAGAUUGUCCAGUCUUUGACAAUUUGUUUGAGUUUUGUCAAAUUUAUGCGGGUGGAACCAUCGAUGCUGCUCGUAGGUUGAACAAUCAACUUUGUGAUAUUGCUAUAAAUUGGGCGGGUGGCUUGCAUCAUGCGAAGAAAUGCGAGGCUUCCGGAUUCUGUUACAUUAAUGACUUAGUUUUGGGUAUUUUGGAGCUUUUGAAAUACCAUGCCCGUGUUCUUUACAUUGAUAUAGAUGUACAUCACGGUGAUGGUGUUGAAGAGGCAUUCUAUUUCACUGACAGAGUGAUGACUGUUAGUUUCCAUAAAUAUGGUGAUCUCUUCUUUCCUGGAUCAGGAGAUGUCAAGGAAACUGGGGAGAGGGAAGGGAAAUACUAUGCCAUAAACGUUCCUCUUAAGGAUGGUAUUGAUGACACUAGCUUUACUAGAUUGUUCAAGACGAUUAUUUCUAAGGUUGUCGAGUUUUAUCAGCCUGGAGUGAUUGUUCUGCAAUGUGGAGCGGAUUCUCUUGCUGGUGACAGAUUAGGCUGCUUCAACCUCUCUAUUGAUGGGCAUGCAGAAUGCGUUAGGUUUGUGAAGAAAUUUAAUCUUCCCUUGCUGGUUACUGGAGGAGGUGGCUACACAAAGGAGAAUGUUGCUCGAUGCUGGACUGUAGAAACAGGGGUUCUUUUAGAUACAGAUCUGCCAAAUGAGAUUCCUGAUAAUGAGUAUAUCAAAUAUUUCGGACCAGAUUAUUCCUUAAGGAUUCCCAAUGGACACAUUGAGAACCUGAACAGUAAAUCAUAUUUGACAACAAUCAAGAUGCAAGUUCUCGAAAAUCUUCGGUGUAUUCAACAUGCACCAAGUGUACAAAUGCAAGAGAUUGAUUGCAGGUUCCCCCUGAUUUUUAUGUUCCCGACUUUGAUGAAGAUGAAAACCCCGAUGAGCGAAUUAACCAGCACACACAGGAUAAGCUAAUCCAGAGGGAUGAUGAGUAUUAUGAUGGUGACCAAGACAAUGAUCACAACAUGGACGAUAUAUAGGGGUGUCGAUUGAAGACUUGAAAUCACAUUCUUUUGGACUUAAUUAGUGCUGCUAUUGGGAAUGUAAAUAAUUAGGUUAUAAUUUAGAGUACACCUAUUAAUGUGAUAGGCAGUUUGCAUUUUAGUCGGCUUAAUUUGAGCUUAUGUGUCAGUUACCAUGUAAAUUUGAAAGAUAAUCGUAAUAUUAUGGAAUAGGUCAAUUUUUUCCCCACAAAUUUAGUCAAGAGUAGCAGACAUUCAAGUUUUUGUAGAUUGAGAUCUUAUAUUUUGUGUAAGUUUAUUGUUGGUAAUUUCCGUAGAGUAUGUGUGUUGUCCAACAUACUUCUAUUUGUGUUGUUUCUUCCUUGC